UCAUAACAACAGUGUAAUAAGAUAAAGAAAUGAUUAAACACGAAUACUUGUUUUUUUUCUAAGUUUAAAAAAAAAGAUUACUAAAAACGGCUUGAAUAUUUUUUCCAGAGAAUGAGUCGGCUUGGGCAACGCCUCGCUACGGAGCUGGAGGUGACGUCACUAAAGAGGCCCCCGUGGUGGGGGAUUUAUAAGACGGAGGCCGCCCUUGCCGGUGGUCCAUUGUUCCAGAGGUUACCGUCGUCCAAUCUUCUAGGAACGUUUCAACCAGUUUUCUCCUCUUUCUCUCAAACCAACUAUAUUAUCUACUUAUCAAAAUGAGGGAAUGUAUCUCAGUCCACGUUGGCCAAGCAGGUGUUCAAAUUGGUAAUGCCUGUUGGGAACUGUACUGCUUAGAGCAUGGCAUCCAGCCUGAUGGUCAAAUGCCAUCAGAUAAGACAAUCGGCAGCGGAGAUGACAGUUUUAACACUUUCUUCAGUGAAACCGGAUCUGGAAAACACGUACCAAGGGCUGUAUUUGUUGAUCUCGAGCCUACAGUAGUUGAUGAAGUUCGAACUGGUACAUACAGGCACCUCUUCCACCCUGAACAACUUAUCACCGGUAAAGAAGAUGCUGCCAACAAUUAUGCUAGGGGCCACUAUACAAUCGGAAAGGAAAUAGUCGACCUUGUUCUGGAUAGGAUUCGUAAAUUGGCUGAUCAAUGCACUGGUCUUCAAGGGUUCCUCAUCUUUCACUCUUUCGGUGGAGGCACUGGAUCUGGUUUUACUUCUCUUCUCAUGGAAAGGCUCUCAGUUGACUAUGGCAAGAAAAGCAAAUUAGAAUUCGCUAUCUACCCAGCUCCUCAGGUUUCCACUGCCGUUGUAGAACCCUACAAUUCCAUUUUGACCACUCACACUACUCUUGAACAUUCUGACUGUGCAUUUAUGGUUGACAACGAAGCCAUUUAUGAUAUCUGCCGCCGUAACUUGGAUAUUGAAAGGCCGACCUACACAAAUCUUAACCGACUCAUUGGCCAGAUUGUCUCUUCUAUCACUGCUUCCCUCAGAUUUGAUGGUGCCCUCAAUGUGGAUCUGACUGAGUUCCAAACCAAUCUUGUACCCUACCCCAGGAUCCAUUUCCCACUUGUCACCUACGCUCCUGUAAUUUCUUCUGAAAAGGCUUAUCAUGAACAACUUUCAGUUUCUGAGAUCACCAAUGCCUGCUUUGAACCUGCCAAUCAGAUGGUAAAAUGUGAUCCCCGUCAUGGAAAAUACAUGGCCUGUUGUAUGUUAUACAGAGGUGAUGUUGUUCCCAAGGAUGUCAACGCUGCUAUUGCUACCAUCAAGACCAAGAGAACCAUUCAAUUUGUUGAUUGGUGUCCAACUGGUUUCAAGGUUGGUAUCAAUUACCAACCUCCAACCGUUGUUCCAGGAGGUGAUCUUGCUAAAGUUCAGCGUGCUGUUUGCAUGUUGUCAAACACAACAGCCAUUGCUGAAGCUUGGGCUCGUCUUGAUCACAAAUUUGAUUUGAUGUACGCCAAGAGAGCUUUUGUUCAUUGGUACGUCGGUGAAGGAAUGGAGGAAGGUGAAUUCUCUGAGGCCAGAGAAGAUUUAGCAGCUUUAGAAAAAGAUUAUGAAGAAGUUGGCAUGGAUUCUGGAGACAACGAUGGAGAAGAAGGAGGUGAAGAAUACUAAGUAUUUAUGAGAGACCUAAAUUUUCAAGAAAAUCUAAGACCGACCUAUUUGUUAAUUUUUUGAAUGUUCUAAUUAAUUUAUAUUUUUAUACUGUUUAAAAAUGAUAAAAGAAAUACAGCUGCAUUUAUAA